UUUUUUUUUUUCUGCCGGACAUUACAGCAGGCAUGUAUUAAACCAGAGGAGGCAGAGAAGGGUCGAUAAACAGGAGAGACAAAACACCGCUAACAUCGAAGAGGCUUAAAAACAGGACAUUUCAAGAAAACAAAAGAAGAAGAAGAAAAAAAAAAAAACAGCCUACUGACUACAGCAAGGAUGCCCACAUGCUUCAGAGUCAUUUCCAGUUCACCCUGAAGAGGAAUUUGACACUUCAGUGUAAAAAAAAGUGAUGAAUGAGGGUCGUUCAGCUUCCACUCUCCUGAGAAGGUGCCAUCUUGUUUUGUCCAAAGCGGACACACUUGGAUCUUCUCUUACCAGAGCUGCUACGUCUGCAGAUCCAAGCGAUGGCGGAGCCUUUCAGCCAGAGAAUGAUGCAGCCUUCCCCCUGGAUGAGCUCUCAGACUUGUUUGAAAGUGAGGAUGGCUCGCCGUCAACACAAGAUACUAAUCAGGAUCUGGAGCAGGCACAAGAGCUGGACCAGGCUGUCCAACCUGCAGAUGGGAAACAGAACCUGCGCAUGAAGUUCCAGGGUGCAUUCAAGAAAGGCAUUUCUAACCCUAUGGACCUACUGGAGUCGACACUAUAUGAAUCAACUGUUGUUCCAGUCCCCAAGAAAGCACCCAUGGACUCGCUGUUUGACUAUGGUACCCACAGAAACAAUAACAACCAGAAACGACGCAGGAAGAAGCUUCCUAGAGGUAAAACUGAGACUUCCUGUGAAGAUGGUCCAAGUCUGGAGCUUCCAAAGGUUAUGAAAUUAUUCAGCCGCUCCCUCCUCUUUGACGGCGUGUCGCGAGGAGAGCCUGCAGCCCUCGAGGGCUUGUUGGAGUUCCUGCAAAGUCACAAUAAAAGGUUAACAGAUGAGGAGUUCAGAGAGCCAUCUACGGGUAAAACAUGCCUGCCCAAAGCCCUGCUGAAUCUUUACAGUGGUCAGAACAACACCAUCCCACUGUUGAUGGACAUAGCGGAGAAGACUGGAAACCUCAGAGAGUUCAUAAAUACACCCUUCAGGGACGUCUACUACAGAGGUCAGAUGGCACUCCACAUUGCAAUAGAGCGCCGCUGUAAGCAGUAUGUGGAGCUGUUGGUGGAGAAAGGUGCUGAUGUUCACGCCCAGGCGAGGGGACGCUUCUUCCAGCCCAAAGAUGAGGGAGGUUACUUCUACUUCGGUGAGUUGCCACUCUCUCUGGCCGCAUGCACUAACCAGACUGAUAUUGUGCACUACCUGACUGAGAAUCCACACAAGAAGGCAGACCUUCGGCGCCAGGAUUCCCGUGGAAACACAGUACUGCACGCGCUGGUGCAUAUUGCAGACAACACCAAGGAUAACACCCGAUUUCUCACCAAGAUGUACGACCUGCUACUGAUCAAGACGGCCAAGCUUUACCCAGACUGCAACCUGGAGAUCAUCCUCAACAACGACGGCAUGUCACCUCUUAUGAUGGCGGCCCAGCUGGGCAAAAUUGGGAUUUUUCAGCACAUCAUCCGCCGUGAGAUCAAAGAUGAUGAAGCUCGGCAUCUGUCUCGCAAAUUUAAGGACUGGGCUUAUGGUCCGGUGUACUCCUCCCUGUACGAUCUGUCAUGUUUGGAUACCUGUGGAGAGGAGCCAUCGGUUCUUGAAAUCCUAGUCUACAAUAGCCGCAACGAGAAUCGACAUGAGAUGCUGGCAGUCGAGCCCAUCAAUGAGCUGUUGAGAGCAAAAUGGCAGAAGUUCGCUGCCGUCACUUUUUACAUCAGUGUGGUUUCCUACCUCGUCACCAUGAUCAUUUUCACUGUAGUGGCUUACAGCCACCCGACAGAUGGAACGCCUCCUUACCCUUACACAACCUCCACCGAUUACCUGCGGAUGGCCGGGGAGAUCGUCACUCUUGCCUCAGGAAUCUUUUUCUUUCUCACUAACAUUAAGGAUGUCUUCCUGAAGAAGUGCCCCGGGGUCAAGUCUUUAUUUAUUGAUGGUUCCUUUCAGUUGCUCUACUUCAUCUACUCCAUCCUUGUGAUUGUCACAGCCGCCCUCUACCUGUCAGGUGUGAAGGCCUAUGUGUCGGUGAUGGUGUUUGCGCUUGUGCUAGGCUGGAUGAACACACUUUACUUUACAAGAGGCUUGAAACUCACUGGAACCUACAGCAUCAUGAUACAGAAGAUUCUUUUCAAAGACCUUUUUAGAUUUCUGCUGGUUUACGUGCUCUUCAUGAUUGGUUAUGCAUCAGCCCUGGUGUCACUGCUAACGACAUGUCCUCAGUCUGGCACAGAGUGCGACGGGGGCUGCCCCACCUACCCCAACUGCAGGGACACAGACACCUUCAGUGUCUUCUUGCUGGACCUCUUCAAGCUGACCAUUGGGAUGGGAGAGCUGGACAUGAUCCACAGUGCACAGUAUCCCGCGGUUUUCCUCAUCCUGCUAGUGACUUAUAUCAUUCUUACGUUUGUACUCCUGCUCAACAUGUUGAUUGCUUUGAUGGGGGAGACGGUGGGACAGGUGUCAAAGGAGAGCAAAAAGAUCUGGAAGCUUCAGUGGGCAACGACCAUCCUGGACAUUGAGCGUUCUUUCCCAGUCUGCCUUCGUAAGUCUUUUCGAGUUGGGGAGAUGGUGACUGUUGGGACAAACUGGGAUGGCACGCCCGACCGACGCUGGUGCUUCAGGGUGGAUGAGGUGAACUGGUGCCACUGGAACCAGAAUCUGGCAAUUAUCAAUGAGGAUCCAGGCAAGACUGAGACCUGUCAAACCAACAGGUUACAGCAGAGUGUCAGAGGCCUGAGGAGAGAUCGCUGGUCCACGGUGGUGCCACGGGUGGUGGAGUUGAGCAAAGGGCUGCAACCCCGUGAUCUCAUGAUAGAGAUGGAGCCGCUGACACCCAGGCACUGAUGCAUGCAGACGACUUGUGCUUCUCACAGCAGAACGAACGUCUGCUACAGCAGAGACAUCAUGUGACUGGGGAUGAGUUUGGCUUUAAGCGUGCUCAUUUGCACAAAUCUCAUUGACCUUUUGUUGAGGAGUAUUGUAAACACUGCUGUCAGACAGUAAUAGGGCAGAGGAAUGAGAACAUGGAGACACUGGAUGUACAGUGAUUCACCAAACAGAGGAGAACCUCCAGCAAACCCUGACAUAUAAAUGAUGAAAAUGUUUUAUAUCAACUAUACUGGACUCUAUCAGAAGCUGUUCACUCAGGGAUUCUGUCAGGCUUAAAGUUUUACACAAAACAGAUUUAUGAGUGUUGUAAUCGCUAGAAGAAGCAUCAUCAUUAGCAGGAUACAUCAAGAAACGAUUUUUGUAUUGAUGCAUCUGCAACUAUAAUAUUACAGGGACGUAUUCAAGAAAAGUUUUCAUUUGAACUGAAACAAUGCAUUAUGUCAAACUUUUUGAUGUGCUCAGCAUUGUAUAAAUACAUUAUUCUCAGCGCGAUGGGCAUGAUGAGCAGGUUACAGUUGUCAAGCGACUAAACUAAUGCAAGACAAUAGCCCUCCGUGUUGUGGUUUGUCUUUGAAUUUCCAGUGUUAUUGUUCCUUUUCAGCUGGGGUAUUUGCAUAAUCAACUCUCAGGCCUCACCAUUAUGUGCUUCCCAUAUUUACUGCAGUGUUUUCAUUGCAAUUGGCUCCUUGCCCUGUGCAGCAUUUUGUUUAUGUGAAUCUACUGUAUGUAUGCAUGUAUUUGUGCUAUUGUAUCACAUCAGAAUGUGCUAUAAAUUAGAGCCCAUACAAAUCAUUUUCACCAAUUCAGUGCUGCUGAGGGCGACAGGUUACUGUUCACCGUGUUCACAUUGCUUUUAUAAAGAGGAAUGUCUGUGCAUUUUUGUAUUAUAUGGAGCACAUUGCUGCACAGGAUAGUAAUGACCGGCAUUAAUAAAGCAAGCAAUAUUUUUCUCUUGU